AUACCACCACUUGCGUCUGAAACGCUCGCUUCCGUGCAAAAAGCGCAUAUUAAAACGCUGCCAUGUAUGUAUAUAUACACAGCCUAAAAUUGGGGAGAAAAAUAAAUUGUGUUAAAAAAACGUGAUUGACCUUGUGAGCAUCGAGAAUCUUCAUAGAAGAAGGAGAUAAGCAUUGAAUUCAUUGAAUUUUGUCAGUGGAUGACAGUAAAUCAACGAUUGCGGCUGGGUCACCAUUCCCAACGCGAAUUUCGCCAAGUCCGGACUGGCUGAGGUACUCGGGUUUAAUAUCUCCAGGGUGACGCCGGCCGCCCUUAAUUCGGAGCCUUGAACUACAAAAGGCCCAAAGUCCGACGAAGGCUAAACAAUGUCCGACUCGAGUUCUGACAAUUCGUCGUCGGAGGAUUAUGAGGAAAGUCGUCGAAGUGCCUCGCCAGACACAGUCGCGUCCCAAUCUCCACGACGCUCAACGCACUCGGACAGAAAGACGCCUUCGACCGAGGCUCGCUCGUCAGCUUCUCCACUGUCCGGUCGAGGAUCCAAGUCGCCGAGAACUGAGGCGAAAUCACACAAUUACGUUCGCUCUCCAUCAAAAUCUGCCCGCUCUGUGAGCAAAUCGCCAGCGUCGAGCAGGAGCUCGCAGAAAUCACGCUCACCAUCGCCCAAUGAAUUCAGCUACAAAGGCGGCUCCGAGUCGCCGCAAUCAAAUCGCAGUUCUCGCUCAAGAUCCAAUCCCGGCUCGCCCUCAAGAUCAAAUCAAGGCUCCCCCGUGAGGUCGAGUCGAAGAUCGCCGUCAAGAUCAAAUCCAGGCUCCCCCGAGACAAGGUCGAAUCCAAGUUCUCCCCAAAUUCGAUCAAAUCGAAGUUCCUCCCAUCGAUCGAAUCAAAGCUCCAACUCGCGUCCAAAUUCGAAUCGCAGUUCACCGCAACCCGCCUCGCCAGGCUCCCCAAGACCAGACUCCAAUCGCAGUUCCCCCCAGUCGCCGAACUGUCGAUUCCAACGAACGGGACCAAUGUCGCCGAAAUCCCCACGAAUGACCUCGAGUCCAGCUUCGCCUAAUUCCCCCGAUCAUGGGGACUACAAUUCCGGACCGAAUUCCCCAACUCACUACAGGGAUCACUCUCCGAAAUCGCCACUUGACCGCAAUAGUGAAUCGAGACCAAGUUCGCCAAAGUCGCCAAGAUCACCGAGAUCGCCAAGGUCACCAAGAUCUCCAAGAUCGCCAAGAUCUCCACGAUCUCUAUCGCCGAGAUCGAAGCACAGCUCCGUGAAGUCGCCCGACUCUGGACGAAAUACUCCAAAGUCGUUGAAAUCGCCGAGCGUCGAUCGACACUCGCCACCGCGUUCGCCGCCACAUUCGCCGGAGGACAAAAGAAAUUGCUACAACGAGAUUGAUGGUGAACAGAUUUCCGAUGGGGAUAUGGACGAUGUGUCGCAGUCGGCGCUCAAAUCGAAGCCAACGCCGAUUUCCCAUGGGGAAGAUCUGUCGGAUGUUUCGGAUUUGGACAGUAUGGACGACGAGGGUGAGCGCGAACAAAUGCGAAAGAAAACGGAGGAAGUGGUUCAACAAUUGCCAAUUGUCAAUAGUGAGAAAAUUGAGCGCGAGGAGAAAAUCGCACCCGAGAGUUUGGCUGAGGAAAAUGAACAACUUGACUUUGAGGCUGAUGGUCAAUGGAAAGAUGAACGUGAGGAUGGGGAAAUGGAACCAGCGCCAAUUAAAGAAAUAAAGGAAUGCAACGAAAAAGACCCAAAAGAUAAGGACAAAGACAAGGCGAAAGUAAAAGAGGCAGUUGAAGCGAACGAUAAAGAGGAUGGCGAAGAAGAUGACGAAAAAGGUGAUUCAGAGUUGGAAGAAGGUGAGCUGAGCGACGGGGAGGACGCCCGUCCUGAAGAAACGGAACCACGGCCAGUAUGUAGAUUUUAUAAUCGGGGUCAGUGCACUUGGGGAGUCAGCUGUAGAUUUCUGCAUCCGGGCGUCACCGACAAGGGCAAUUACACCAUGUUCGACAUGGUGAGACCCAUGGCCUAUCCUCCGCAUGCAGGUGGUCCACAUGAAUUCCGACCGCACAUUGAGAGGCCAAGUUUGAUGCGUCCACUUCCUGGUUUUUCUGCUGCUCCUCCUCAUGUGCCGAAAAGUGAUGAACUCGUCUCUGAGUCUCCCUGGGAACGCGGCUUACGGCAAGCUAAAGAAAUGAUGAGAAAGGCGAACAAACGUAAAGAAUCUGACAUGGAUUUCGAGGAAAAGAAGAUGAAUUUGAGUUUAGGCCAAGAGGAGCUCGACAGAGAAGCCGGAUAUUACGUAAGACCAGCGAGUCCCGAACCACCAAUAGAACGAUGGCCACCACGAGAACCUCCACAAAGAGUUUCGCGAGCACCUGCUCCGAGAAUAACGCCAGAUCACUAUGUAGACGAACCUGAAGGAUAUUAUCCACCAACGCCCCACGAGUAUUACAGACGAGUUCAGUACAAAUCGGAAGGUAGAGGAGGUGGAGGAGGAGGAGGAGGAACAGGUAUGGAGAAUUAUAGAGAACGUUAUGAUUAUCAUAACGUUCAACCACGUAAUGCUCCACAUUCAAAUUCGCCACCGUCUCAUCCGCGCGAGCGAGAACGGGACAGGGAACGUGAACGCGAAAGAGAACGUGAAUAUUACGAAAAGUAUGAAAAGAAACAUAAACGACCCUCUAGGGAAGUCAUUGUGGAACGGAUCCCGUCAUCUAAAACAUGGAGAGAAGAGGAACCACCACCGACAGAAAGAACUCGUGGAGACGAGUGGGCCGAUCCUUGGAUGCGUCGAAAAUCCCCUGGUUCUGUUCGCAGAAACCGAACCUCCUCGAAGAGAUCUCGACGACAGUCUUAUUCUUCAGGUUCAUCGUACACAUCGAGCAGCUCUAGCCGUAGUUCGAGCCAUUCUAGCUACACUUCUUAUGACUCCCAAUCCAGGUCCAGAUCACCAUCCCCUCCUUCUAGGUCCCGUGUAAGCACAAAAACCAAACCUAUAACCGCUCCUCCUGCCACUGUUGUUGCACCACCAGUGCGUGGUGCAAUGCUGAUGAACCCACCUGCUCCCUCUCCUCGAGGUAGUAAAGGCUCAACUUCACCAACUGGAACUCUACAUCGAAGAGCUGGACUCAAUCCACCGGCGCCGAGUCCAUUGACCACGCAUCCUCGACACAAUGACAAAGCCAGGGACAAGGCAGCUCUUGCCGCUGCUGCUGUUGCUAAAGUUAUUAAGAGCCAUUCGCAAUCCAGAUCAUCUCACAGUAGUUCCGGAUCGGAUAGUAGCGGAAGUAGCAGCGAUUCAAGUGAAUCAAGUUACUCAUCCUCAUCGAGUGAAUCGCGAAGAAAGAAAGGCGCCACUCCGCCUAUUCGCAAAGAUGCGAAGGCUCUCGAUGCGCUCAAGGUGAGCGGCAAUAAACAACAAAUAAAGUUGACAUUGAAACCCUCGCAGAAUGUGCCAGCAGUCAAGAAAGUAGAUCGUAGUGCAACAAUUGCCGGCAAGAAGAGACCUUCAGACACUUCUCCAACGGCCGACAGCAAAGCAAGUGUUGCCGCAGCCGCUGCAAAGGCAGCGAAAAAGGCCAGUUCACGACGCGAGGAACUAUUAAAGCAACUCAAAGCUGUUGAAGACGCUAUCGCGCGCAAAAGAUCAAAAGUUUAAACUCAAAUAAUUUGAUAAAAAAGUUACUUUGCUAUAUAUGUUACUUUACCAUUAAAUUCUUUGAGUAAACACAUAAAUGUGUAGUAAGUUUUUUUAAUUUACAGAAAAUAUGUUAAAAGAUGGUCAUCUUUGUUUUUUAUAAACAAACUUUUAUACGCCUGUGCAUUUUAUGAUUGUGCUCUAGUUUUUUUUUUUUUUAAAGAAAUGCGUAUAAAUAAAGUGUCCGUUACUUUUCUCUUUUUUGUGUUAAAUUUCCACCUAGAAAUUUGCGAAAUAAAGUAAAGUUGGAAAUGAAAAAGAAAAGAAAUUUUUUAUUAUAAUUAUAGAUAAUUCCCGAUUUUAAUUUAACAUUCAUCUCAUGUAUUUGUAAAUACAUAUAUAUUAAAUUUUAAAAUAUGGUAAAAGUAAAUUAUCAACAGUUUAGGUACAUUCUUUUUCCAAUAGUGAGAAAUUCAUUUCACUAAAAUACUGAAUUUUAUUGUGUACCUUCUCAGGUACAUCGCACAACCAAAUCAAAAACAAUAAAUAAAAACUUUUGCAACGGUUAAAAAAUAUUAAUUUGCAUGCUAAUGCUGUCGCUAAAGAGCAAUAAAAUACUUUUUUAGAAAUUAUGAA